UGUUAUUUGUAUGAACAAAAAUAAAUAAAAAACAAUGACGUCAAAAUUCACAUUAAGUGACAGUGACAGCAGUGUGACAUUCAGCAACAGUGGGUCUACUCCCAACGGAAGUAGUUUGGAUUCUGAAACAGAAGAAGAUGGAAAUGAUGAAGAAAUGUCCAAAAUACCUCUUCAAGCACCCCCCCGACGUAAAAGUAAGGUGAUUUCUCAAAUGAGCCAAAAACAUGCAAACGACCCAGCUGAAAUCGGUGAUAUUCAAAGCCCGAAUUCGACUAUUACGAGUGUCAACAGCAUUAGUAGUUUGUUGAAAGAAAAAUUACAGUUGACGAUACCACAAGCACUUCGGAAUAGUAAAAAACGACAAAAUGCUGAUUACAGGUUGCGAGCUUUUGUUGGUUUUUUAUUCAUCUGUGUAAUAUUUCUAGUGGGUUUUGCACACAUUUACUACACCCAAAAUGUUCUUCAACGAGCAUAUUUUGAAAAAUUUAGGUUCAAUAAAAAUGAGCGUCUGUUACACGUCUACAACAGCGCAGGACUAGAAAUUGUAUCAGCCAGACUAGGAAAUGGCAUUCCAACCGACACUGGAGUCUUUCCUUGUCUACCUCACCACCAAAAAUCUGAUUCUGUGUGUUUAGAAUGGCUCCACUAUUCACGUUUAUAUUUGACUCAUGCCAAACGAGAAGGAAUGCAUUGCUACUAUUUGACAUGGCAAAGUUUAAAUCCUUCUUUCAAUCCGAAAGACUGUUUCGAUUGGUCUUCAAGACGCGGUCACUGGUACGGUGGUGGGCAAAUUCACAAUAUGGCUUACCCACUAGAACAAGGCAAGCUCGAAUUAAGUCCAUUCAUUACCGGAGACAUUCGAAGAAAUCCCUUCGGAAAUGUUCUGAAAAGAUAUUUCCUCAACUCUAGAGGUGCUACGAUUCUGGUUGAUUCUGAAACUCCAUUGUAUAUUUCAAUAAAUGCUAACAAGACUAAGGAGUUUUGUCUCCAAGCAAAGCAUGAUGAGUUUGCUUACAUCAAUCACUUGACUCAGUUGCCACAGCUUAAUUACUCUAUCUGCGCCACUGACAACAUGAAGAACCUUCACUCGUCAAUAGCCGAAAAGUCUUUGUGGGAUGGCCUGAAACCGGACGAAUUGCGGGCAGUUGAUGUUCUGCUUUCCGAACCAAUUUGGCAGAUAUCUCCAACCAAUGAAGCGACAGUUUAUAACUACACUGAAGACAUCAUAGCUCUGGGGUUUCUAAGACAAGGACACGUAUUGUUAAGUGAAGAGUGGCAACCAAGUACUGGGGAUUUUAUUCUAGAUGAAAGUAGAUUCAAGUCCAUGGAAGAAACCAUUGACAUCAUUCGACGUCGUGGUUUUCGAAUUGUCUUCACCAUUCAGCCGUUUAUUUCUACGGAGUCUAUCAACUUCAGAGAUGCCGUCACCAAUCGACUUCUUAUCUCUGAGCGUGGAAGUGAUCCAAGGAUUCCAGCAUUAACUCGCUAUCAUCAGAGCAACAGUGCAGGAGUUCUAGACAUUACAAAUAAUAAAACACUGCCAUGGCUAUUGAAGAAACUCGAGCCUUUGCUAAAAAAGUAUCAUAUCGAGUCAUUUUACUUAGACCUUGGGACAGCUUAUGAUAUGCCGCAUUAUUACAAAUGCCAAGAACCUUUGACGAAUCCAGAUCACUACAAAACGCUGUUUACGAAGGCCAUUAUUGGAUCAAUUCCAGUCCUAGGUGUAUCUGCAGCAAUAACAAGGCCAAAAGCUCCAGUCUUCGUGAGUUUGCCGCCAUUUCCUUCGUCAUGGAAAGCUAUUAAGACUGUGAUUCCAACCAUUUUAAGUUAUGGAAUGAUAGGAUUUCCGUUUGUUCUUCCAGGAGCUGUUGGAGGUGACAUUGCUCUGCCAAUGUCUGACAAUAAUCCGAACAAUGAUUUCCACGUAAACUUACCAGACAAAGAACUUUACAUCAGAUGGCUUCAGUUGUCUACAUUCCUUCCAGUCAUCAGAUUCACGCAUCUUCCUAGUAAAUACGCUGAUGACAGUGUUUUGGAAAUGACAAAGACCUUGACAUCAUUAAGACAGAAGACGGUGACACCAUUGCUAAAGAAAUAUGCUAAUGAAACUUUAGAUUCAGGAUUGCCAAUCAUCAGACCACUUUGGAUGUUGGAUCCAAUGGAUCCUGCUUGUCAUGUUGUUGUUGAUGAGUUUUCUGUUGGUGAAGAGUUGAUCGUCGCACCUAUACUGUAUUCUGGUAGCAGACAACGAGAGGUUUAUCUUCCAGCUGGAGUCUGGCGUGAUGGAAUUGACGGAAGUCUCAGAAAGGGAUCAAGAUGGAUCCAUAACUACCGAGUAGCAGAAGAUAAAGUCGCAUAUUUUGUUAAAAUGCCUGAUAACACCCGGUUCUAGUGGUUCAUUUAAUGUCUUCAUUGAUUCUUGGGUAUUUCAUUAGCUCUUUUAAAAACAGAAAUGUCCAGACCGAAAGAUAAUAAAUGUAAGCAAUGGUCUCACUUUCCUACUUAUGGGAUAUUUUAGAGUGUAAUAAGUUAAAAUCAAUAAGACAUCAUUAACGGCAGUCUUUUUAAAAAAGGCACAUAGCUUAAUUUGACUAUUUUUUAAAAGGCACUGUAAAUCUACACAUUAAGACUGGGCUUUUCUAAGCUGGAAUGACCUCGAAUUUGUUUGUCAACUUAUGUUUUUUUCAUUUAUUAUUUUUAUGUAAAAUACAUUCAAAAAUGUUAAAGAAAUGGUAUGCAGGAGAGAAGCUAAAGUUUGUCAGUGUGAGUGCAUAAUAAAUGAAUUUUUUAGUGAAAAGCUUAUGACAAAACGCCCGUCAUGUUACCUCAAAACUCUUUAAAAAUUUAUUUAUGAUGCACUUAUAAAUGCAUUUACGCUGUCAAACUUUAGCUUCCUUCCUCUAUACUAUUCUUCAACAUUUGAACAAGGAAAAUGCGGUCAGUGCAGUGGAUGCAGUGUCAUAUCAAUUAAUGAUGUGCUCGUAUAUCUGGAAUAAUUAAAACAAUCUAUAUUAUUGAAUAAGACUAUACAAUACAUGUUAUACUUUCAUAUAAAAUCAAAUACUAUCAGCACUGAGUUUUUAUAGUGAUCAAUGAGAAUUGCAAUAGAUUUAAAAUCAAAAAUAUGAAAUUAGAACAAUUGUUCUCUAUUAAGCUAAGUUCUGUUAAAAUUAGACCAAGACCGAGUUAAAUGUAUUAUAUAUCCAUGUACUGAUGUUAACGAAAUUUUUUAAUUAAAAUUUUUUUUACAAAAAACUGUAAAAUUGAAUAUUAAAUAAAUCAUUAUUUUUCGCGCUUCUAAACCAAACUUCCAUGAAUGAAAAAAGGCAUUCAAAAGAAUUAACUGGAUAUUAUUUCUCAAACUUAAAUUUGAUUUAAAAUUAGAAAAACAAACUAGAAAUUAAAUAUUGACUGAAUUACUUUAACUAUGAUUAAAACAAAAAUUAUUAUGGAAUAAUCGGAUGAAUUUAGAAUUCCUUAGCUUCCUUAGGAUGAUCCCAACAAACUGGGCAAGUUAUCCUUACUUUUUCGGUUUUUGCUAGAACUACAAUAAUUUUCAUCACCAGCUCGAAACCUGAAUAGUGAAAUAUGAAAAAAGUUUAUUACUAAUAAAUUGAGUACAAUGCACUUGCAAUAGAUAAGAAAUGGUAACAGUAAUGAGGAAGUAGAGAAGAUGAAUAGCGUAAAAAUGAAAAGGUUUCACUACUAGAAGUAAGUUUAGGGAAAAUUUUAGAAAUUAUUAUUUCCAUGAAAAUGAAGAUUUUUAAUAAUAAAAAUUUUUAACAUUCAA